GCGUGUAGCACAAGUAGGUCGUGCAGAUUAUCUGAUUUUGAAAAAAAUGUUUGUAUAAAAUGAGCCAGUAAAACCUGACAAUUUAAUUUGAUCUUGAAGAGAGAUGAGCGAAGAUCUUCACCCACCUGCUGAGAACAGAAAGAUGUGUCAUGGAUUUUUGGUCCUGGGUUUCAUCCUGAUCAUGGCGCUCUGCUCAGAUGCUCAGCCUCAGGCCCAGCCUAUAGACUGCUGUUUUGAAUUUUUCCAGGGAAAAAUUCCUCCCCAAAAGGUCCUGAGUGCUAUACCGACAGACACGCGCUGUUCUCAUCAAGGAUUCAUUGUUACUACUCCUAAGCACCGCAAACUGUGUGUUCGGAAACUCGCCACUGAAUAAAAAGCUUAAAGCAUCUUAAUGCUACAACUGAGCUGCAACAUAUCACACGUCACUGCAUAUGUUUUUUAUCAACCAUUUAUUAUGACGCUCAAUGAUGUUACUGAUACUUAAUGUGAUGCAGAUUCAAAUAAAGAUAUAAAUGCA